AUAGAUAGUUCAUAACUCCUAGAUUACAGGGGAAUAAUAAAUACUAAAGGUUGUAGAUAUACAAGGAGCUAGACAUGAAGAAGAGAAUCUUGAAAAUUCUUGGGAAAAUUUGAAGGAUUUGAAUGAGGGAAUAUAUUUUGAAAAUGUGAAGAUGUACAGAUUGACCGGUGUGCUGGCUAGCUGCCAGGAACAAGCGUAAAUCUGCUCCUGUUGCAUUUCUACCGGUGAGCGGGGAGCAUGUUUGCUCGGGAAGGGGUCGGCUUUAUGCCUGCUCUUUAUCUAGCGUAUUUGGAUAAACUGAGUGAGGAGGAGAAGAAUGAACUGGUUGGGUUGGAAAGCACUGAACUCAGAGCUCAGAAGAUUUGUGAGCAUCCGUUCAUCAUUGAGACAUUGAAAAAAAUUAAGGUGUCUGGGGGGAAGAACCUGGAGAAAUCUAUAGAGCUCCGUGAGGAAGGAAAUGCACUGUAUGCUGCAGGGAAGUAUAACAGUGCUUUGAUUAAGUUCUCGUCUGCUAUAAUCUUCGCUCCGAUAAACCAGGUUGACUACAGCCUAGCUUUAGCAAACCGUUCUGCCUGUCUUCAGCUCCUGGGAUAUCAGGAGAGAAGUUUAGAGGAUACAAUACUAGCUGAGAAGGCCGGAUAUCCACAGGAUAAGUUGUAUAAAAUACUGGAAAGACGAGCUCAAUGUCUAAUUAAGCUUGGAAGAAAGACUGAGGCCAAGGAGGAGUUUGAGAAGGCAAAUAAACUAUUGGAUUCAAGUUCUCUGAGUCAAGGAGCGAAGGAUAAAUUUCGAGGUAAGAUGAGAGAAUCUCUGAGUGCUCCGUUUGGAUCCGGAGAAAAGAAAACUUGGACAGACAAAGCUAAGGAAGCCAAGCCAAAUAUCCGAAAUGAACUGUUGAAGAUAUCGAGUCCUAACAUUCAGUAUCCUGCUCUAUCUAGCUCUGUGACAGUAACCAGCUCCCCGGAGCAAGGACGGUAUGUAGUUGCUACUCAAGAUAUUCCUCCGGGUACAGUUAUCCUCAGUGAGCUGCCAAUGACCUGGGUUGUGGAGAACGCUAGAGUUGGAACAACCUGUAGUAUGUGUCUAGGUUGUAUCCUGGUUCUAGUUCCAUGCAACAACUGUGUUCAUGUCAGCUACUGCUCAAUUCAGUGUAAAAACCAGGCCUGGGAUGAUCACCACAGUCUGGAAUGUGGUUUUCUUACAAUCCUAUUUGCUAGCGGGUUAAAUAGUUUCUCCAACCUAGCUCUCAGGGCUGUCUGCAGAUCUGGAGGAAAAUAUUUGUUAGAUAAUAAAGAAGAUAUCUUGAAAAUAUGCAGAAAGAUUCCUGACUCUCCUUGUGAUAUAGAGAAAACAGGAAUAUUUGAUGGAGGAGAUUUUAAAGCAGGACUGAGUUUAGUGAAGCAUACUGAGUGUCUGGACAGGGAUGAGAUUAUUCUCCGGACCUUGAUCUCAGCUCUCAUAGCAACCUGUCUCCGAAGAACUAGGUUCGGAGAGAGUAUUGAGAAUGAGGACGAAGCCUAUUAUAUUGCAGGAGUGGUUUACGAGAUAUUAAACUCAUUUCCACCAAAUACUCAUGAGAUUGAUAUUUUGCAGCUAAAACUUUUGGCGAUACCAACAACAUAA